GUGGCUUGCCUGCUGCUGUUAGCCUGUUAGCCACCUUAGCUGCGCCUGGUAAUCCUGGCAGACACAAUCCGUUUCUCCUCAUCCUCUCAAGCAAAAUCACCCGAGGGAGACAGACUACACGCCAUGGAGAGGACACAGCGCAUGUGGUCGUCGUUUGUAUUCCCUCUUUUGUCCAGCUUUUGGUUAGAUGGCAGUAUUAUAGUUUAUAGCUAAGGCUGUACAGUUAGCUUUGGUAGCCCGUGUCUGGUUAGCGCAGGGCCAAGGCCAAGGCCAAGCGAGAAAAGGGAGGCCAUCGUCGGGAUCUGUUCUGUAGGUGGGCAGAAGACAAGAGGAGUGGGACAUCAGAUUUGUUCCAGACUCUUCUUUGAAGACGCCUCCACCAUCAUCUAAGUCACUGUCACCCUCUGCUGAGACAUGUCUUCAUCAGGGUGCUGCCACCUACCCGGCUCCCUUUGUGAUUACUCAGGGAACGCUGAAUCCGAUGCCUCCAAGGACUCAGAGGAGUCUGAUUCCACCACACAAGCCCAAUAUAUUGCCAAAGUGACGGCGAAAGAUGGCCGCCCACUCUCCACCGUUGUCAAAGCGGUGAGCCUGCAGAGCGAUGUGGGAAUGUGUCGGAUUUGCCAUGAGGGAGCCGGAGGGGAGACUCUGCUCUCGCCCUGUGACUGCACUGGUACGCUGGGUAAAGUGCACAAGAGCUGCUUGGAGAAGUGGCUGUCUUCCUCCAACACCAGCUACUGUGAACUCUGCCACACAGAAUUCACUAUUGAGCGACGACCACAACCACUCACACAGUGGCUGAAAGACCCUGGGCCUCGAAGUGAGAAGCGCACGCUGCUCUGCGACAUGGCCUGCUUCCUGCUCAUCACACCGCUUGCAGCCAUCUCUGGCUGGCUGUGUCUGAGGGGAGCCCAGGACCACCUGCAGCUGAAGAGCAGACUGGAGGCUGUGGGCCUCAUUGCCCUCACCAUCGCCCUCUUCACCAUCUACAUCCUCUGGACACUGGUGUCGUUUCGGUAUCACUGUCAGUUGUACUCAGAGUGGAGGAGGACCAAUCAGAAAGUGCGUCUGCUCAUGCCCGACAUGAAAGGGGCGCACACCACACAACGAUCUGUGCCGACCAAGUCGACCAAGAAAAUGACUGACGAGACCAUCGUAUGAGUGUGGAGCAGUGCAGAGAGGAAUAUUUAAAAUAAUGCCCACUGAAGCACUCUCUAAAAAAACAAAAAACAAUAUUAAUCAUAUUAAUGAACUUUUGCACUUCAUAUGGACCAUUUGGAGAGGAGAGGGCUGUUUUCUCCUUCUCUUGUCUUUUAACGAAGCACUUGAUGUUAACUGUGAUGGUAUUUGCUGACCACAGAGCGUGGUUUUGGGAGGAACUCAUUCUGGAGUCACAGUUGAUGUUGAAACAGACAGUGAGUGCUGGGAUGUGUGAACGACUGAAAACAUGGAGAACGGACUAACCAGCCCAACUGUGUGCCCAUGACACAAACUUAUGAAAUACUAAGACACAAGCUAAUGUAGCAGGAUAUAACUGAUUCAGCAUGCUACUACAGUAUAAUAUGAAACAUACUCACUACCUAUAAUUCCCUUAUGCCCCUUCACAAUGUAUUUAGCAGAUUUUGAACAAAGGGCAGUCAUGAGCCCGGCAGAGGAUUAUAAUCUACAUACAUGAUUGACAAAGUCUAUCUGUGAAUAUACUUUACUGACAAGCAGAGGGCGACAGUCGCUCAUACCAAUGACCUUGUCUUUAAUCUGAAACCUUUGAAGUUUCUUGGUGGGGCUUUAUCAUUGCAGCCUGAACAGUGGAAAUUAAGUAAUUUUCCUGUUUAGUCAUCAGCCAAGGCGUCAUAUAUUUAUCACACUUUUAACGGGGUGAGUGAAGACUGAAGUAUAUAGAACAGCACCAGCUGCAGCCGUUAAACGGCACAACAGUAAUGUUUAUAGUAUUGAAGGUAUGGAAAAGUGUUAACAAUUGGAUGAUGUCUCAACUAUUGUCAUAAAAGUGCAUUACAGCCCUGCUCCACUUGUAAAUGCACCAUUCAUUGACUGAGCUGCCUAGCAGUGACCAGUAGUUUCUCCUACAUCACUUUAAAUAGAAGAGAUCCAGUGUUCUGAAAGGCGAGAUGACAGACUUUUGUCCAAUAUAAAACCACACAGAGAGGUAUCAGAGCAGACUGGUACUCUGUAAAGGUGCAAAUGUGUUCUGAGAUGUCAAUCAAUGUAUGCAGCGUAUGCUUAACAAAGUAUUUGUGUCAUUGUAGUCUUCCUGCUGCAUCCCCUGGAAAAGUUGGGUUAUUGUGCAAUAAAACACGAGGGACUCCUGGACUAAAUCAA